AACCGCUGGGGAUUCAUCCAACUUCGAUCCCCUAAAGGCAAGUACGUAGGCUAUAGAAUCCCAAAAAAAAAAAAAAAAAGAGCUCCUUCGGCUCUAAACAGCUACUGUCUUUAUUUGGUCUAUCAGCUACUCGGCCAGCUACUGACCUAAUUGGGAGCUUUUCAGCCAAGGUCGUCGGAUUUAGAGGUCCUUUCGCAAGGUAAUUCCUAUUUGCUUACUUGGAACAAGUAAGGGUCCAGAUCAUUCCAUUGGGAAGAAAGCAGAAGUCAUCCAUACAUAUAUAGAUGAAUAGUACCAGUGGCGUAUAGGAGGAAGACGGGGAGUGACUGGGGUGGGGAAGAAGAGUUGUCACGAUAGAAAGAAUCUUGGCAAAGCAAAUGAGUAUAAGAAACCAACGAUUCUCUGUUCUUAAACAACCCAUAUUUUCCACACUUAAUCAGCAUUUGAUAGAUUAUCCAACCCCGAGUAAUAUUAGUUAUUGGUGGGGAUUCGGUUCGUUAGCUGGGAUUUGUUUAGUCAUUCAGAUAGUGACUGGUGUUUUUUUAGCUAUGCAUUAUACACCUCAUGUGGAUCUAGCUUUCAACAGCGUAGAACAUAUUAUGAGAGAUGUUGAAGGGGGCUGGUUGCUCCGUUAUAUGCAUGCUAAUGGGGCAAGUAUGUUUCUCAUUGUGGUUCACCUUCAUAUUUUUCGUGGUCUAUAUCAUGCGAGUUAUAGCAGUCCUAGGGAAUUUGUUCGGUGUCUCGGAGUUGUAAUCUUCUUAUUAAUGAUUGUGACAGCUUUUAUAGGAUACGUACUACCCUGGGGUCAGAUGAGCUUUUGGGGAGCUACAGUAAUUACAAGCUUAGCUAGCGCUAUACCUGUAGUAGGAGAUAGCAUAGUGACUUGGCUUUGGGGUGGUUUCUCCGUGGACAAUGCCACCUUAAAUCGUUUUUUUAGUCUUCAUCAUUUACUCCCUUUUAUUUUAGUAGGCGCCAGUCUUCUUCAUCUGGCCGCAUUGCAUCAAUAUGGAUCAAAUAAUCCAUUAGGUGUACAUUCAGAGAUGGAUAAAAUUGCCUUUUACCCUUAUUUUUAUGUAAAGGAUCUAGUAGGUUGGGUAGCUUUUGCUAUCUUUUUUUCCUUUUGGAUUUUUUAUGCUCCUAAUGUUUUGGGGCAUCCCGACAAUUAUAUACCUGCUAAUCCGAUGCCCACCCCGCCUCAUAUUGUGCCGGAAUGGUAUUUCUUACCCAUCUAUGCCAUUCUUCGUAGUAUACCUGACAAAGCGGGAGGUGUAGCCGCAAUAGCACUCGUUUUUAUAUGUCUCUUGGCUUUGCCUUUUUUUAAAAGUAUGUAUGUACGUAGUUCAAGUUUUCGCCCGAUUUACCAAGGACUAUUUUGGUUGCUUUUGGCGGAUUGCUUACUACUAGGUUGGAUCGGAUGUCAACCUGUGGAAGCACCCUUUGUUACUAUUGGACAAAUUUCUUCUUUUCUUUUCUUCUUGUUUUUUGCCAUAACGCCCAUUCUGGGACGAGUUGGAAGAAGAAUUCCUAAUUCUUACACGGAUGAGACUGAGAACACCUGAUCAGUGAAAAAUUCUUACACCAAGAAUUGACAAGCGGAUGAGUUUGAUAGUUGACAGCGCUAACGAGCAAGAAAACUCCUGCGCGGCUAACGCUAGCUUAGAAUAAUAUAAGCUUUAGCUUGAGCUCUGCCGUUGCUUGUUCUUUCGCGGUAGUUCGGUUGUUGCUUGUUGGCUGCUCAAGAAGUUGGACUAGUUGCUCCUCCGACCCGGAGUGGAUUCUAGGCUCGAUGAGAUGUUAGGUGGGCCUGUUGCGUAGAGAAAGACGAAGAAAUCUUCUUUCAUGUGAUCGAGUUCCUUCGGGUGUGCAUCUUUCUUUUCUCCCAUUUCUUUCUUGGUCAACAACCAAGCAACUUUCCCUUUCCCAUUUUCUAAGUCUCCCCCGGCCCCGGGGGAGCGGAGCUAUGAAAUAAAGAGAAAUACGUUAUGAAAAAGAAACUGGCCAUUUACCAAUAUGGAUCACAGUUUGAUCCAAGCGGUCCCACUCGUUAUUCACCCAGCGAUUGGAUUUAUUUUUCCGUUUCGGAGGAAUCCUCACCAUCCGAACGCAGUACUUCUAUAGGGGUCCAAAAAAUAUGCACAAGUAGUUCCACUUCUGACUCCCAUGCUGAUUCCCGUGAAGAUCUUUUUACCCAGAUUUCUUUUGAACUACAACGUCGAAUGGAUGAGAUUGGAAUGACACUUCCUGACGGUGUCGAUUUCAAUUAUUUAGAAUACCGAGGUCUUGCUAAUCUUGUCUCCGAGGCAUGUUGGCUCCGAAAUCUCUUACUUGAGCUACAUUGCCCUCUGAAGCGGGCCACCAUAGUUUAUUGUGACAAUAUCAGUGCGAUCUAUCUCUCUACCAACCCCGUGCAACAUCAACGUACCAAACAUGUUGAAUUAGACAUUCAUUUUGUGCGUGAAAAGGUCGCAUUGGGUUAAAUUCGAGUCUUACAUGUUCCUUCCCGUUAUCAGUUCGCCGAUAUCUUCACUAAAGGCCUGCCUCGACACCUUUCUCCCAAAUCUAACAAUAUUUUCUUUCUCUUCCGUAAGCUUCGCUUAAGCGACUUCAUAUCCUCCGUUUGAAGACUCCGAACCAGAGGAUUUCAACAUAGCAUUUGAAUUGAAAGUGGCAUCUCUACUAAGAAUUACUUUCUUAGAUUCAAGACUCCACAAUCUAUAACCUUUUGAUUCAGAAGAAUAACCAAUUCAAAUGCAUUUGACAGCUCUCGGAGAAAAUUUUCCAUCAUUAGAGCAUAAGCGGUACAAGCAAAAACUUUAAGAAAGGAAUAGUCAACAGUUGUACCUGACCACAACUCCUCUGGAAUUUGGAAGUUGAUGGCACUGUGUGGAGAACGGUUGACAAUAUAAGCCCCACCCCACUAGUUUAUCUGCUGUUAGUAACUUGUCCUGCAGGCCGUGGAGACAGCUUCUGUCCAUAGAUCACGGCGAUGCCACAAUCCAGCAUUAGAGAACAUGCAAGGAGCACGCUCAAGAAGAGUUCUGUUCAUACGUUCUGCUACACCAUUUUGUUGAGGCCUGCCGGGUAAUGUUUUGUGUCUAGCAAUACCGGCUUGUGCGCGGAACUCUGUAAAUUCAUCAUCACAAAACUCCAACCCUCGAUCAGUCCUGAGCUUUUUCACUUUUCUCCCAGUCUGGUUCUCAACAAGAAUCUUCCACUUUUUUAAGAUGGACAAAGCCUCAUUUUUCUGCCUCAAGAAAGAAGUCCAGACUUUUCGAGAGAAAUCAUCAAUAAUGGUCAUCAAAUAACGUUUGCCAGAAUUUGAGGUGACCCUAGAAGGUCCCCAAAGAUCAGAGUGAACAUAAUCGAGAACACCUUUGGUGCUGUGAGUAGCAGUAGAGAAACUUACUUUCUUUUCUUUCCCAUAAACACAAUGUUCACAGAAUUAUAGCUUACCCGUGCCGGGUGAACCAAGAAGACCACGCUUGCUCAGGAGAUCCAUGCCUUUCUCACUCAUGUGGCCAAGGCGCAUAUGCCACAAGCGAGUGAGAUCAGAAUCAGAAAGUGAGGAUGAGACAGCUGCCGAUGAACCUGUCACUCUAUGUCCCUGCAAAACAUACAGACUGCCAUUUCAAAUUUCAUGAGCACCAGGGCACCUCUACUGACCUUCAAUUCACGAAAAGGAGGAGCGAUAUUAAGAAAAGAAGGAUCAAAGAAAGAUCCUAUCCCCUCCUUUUUAGACUCUUUGUAAUGAAGUACUGAAGAAUCCUUUUUUCGUUUUUUCUUAAUUUUCCAUUUUUAAUUAUUAAUAAUACUAAAUAAAAAAUAAGACUUUUGUUUGUAAUUUUUUUUUUAUUAAAGUUUUAUUAAGUAAAAGUUCUAAGAACAAACAUCCUAAAAAAAUAAUGAAAAUGAAUUUGCUAGAAUAUUCUAUUUUUUAUUUAUUGUUUUGGGGGUUUUGUAACCAGUGUGAGUGGAAAAGGAAAAGUGAAACUUCAUUAGAUGGUUGAUUGUACAAGGAAGACGACAGAUUAUGGAAAAAGAAUAAAAAAAAGAAUGCUAAAUAACGGAAUUGUUGAUUAGAUGACAAAUCCCAUUUUUUUUUUUGGAUUCAGUAUGGAUAAAAGAUCUUCCUAUGUUAUACUAUUCAAUUCGCGACGGCGAAUUGAUAUGAUAGCUCAGAUAUUGUUAUUCAUGAUAUUAAUCUGAUUCAAUAUCAUGAAGAAGUAAUUCAUUCCAUUGAAUUCAAAUUUACAGGUAAAAUUUUUAUCAUCUCUAUGGGAUUAAAUCCCGAGUUAAUGCGAAGUAAAAAAAC